UGAAAAAUGAGAACAAAGCGAUUGUUCCUGUUCUCUUUCUUAAGUCACAUCAAAUGCUGUCCGUGGAUGGGUGGCUCAUUGUCAGGACAGCAGCAGGCCAGAGAGAUUGUUACAGGAGCUGGAAUACAGCCUAACACAGCUACUGCACAACCGCUGGACAGAGAGGUAAAUGAUGGACACAGACAUGCUAGGUUUCAGAUCAGACAGGAGGAGUCCUCAUAGGGAAGACCUGAGACCUGUCUCUCACCACAGUCUUUAUCUGAGCCCACCCCCACUCUACCUGAACCCGACCAAACUCUCCCUCUUCCCGACCAGAGAGGCCUACAGCCCCCUGACUCACCAUCUGCCACGGGGCUCUGAGGGCAUGCAUUACACCCAGAGGGAAGGUUCCCAAAAACGCAAAAGAAGGCCACAAAAAAUGGAGGGUUCCGAAUCCCCUACAGGAGACAUGGAGGAGGUGGAGCGUCGAGGCAACACCAAGACUGUUGAUCUCAACCACCUUCCGUUCUCCCUCCCUCCUCGCCCAUGUCUCCCUCCCUCUCCCAUGCCCAUUCAAGGUAUGAUCGACCUGAGCCGGCUCCAGCUGCACCACAGGGCUAUGUCCAGAUAUGAAACCACUAUGGGCCUCCCAUUGCAGGUGAAACAGGAACCACUCAGCCCCUCACCUUUGUGGCCUCCCUCUCCUCUCCUCCAUCACCACCCUUCUCCCCUAUUCUUCCCCCCUCUCCACCCCAGCCUCCUCCACUUCCCCUUCUUCAUGCCUGGGCCCAUCAUGCACCUCUCUCCUGGAGCCUUCUACCCCGGAGAGGCACCACGACCUAGUCGGCGCAGCCCAGACAGAGGGCCCCGAGGUGGGAUGACCAGCGCUGAGAAGCUGGGUCUCAACAUCCACAUCGACGACAGCUACCACGUAGAUGUAGGAGGAAACCAGAAGCGUUGGAAGUGCCGUACGUGUGAGAAGUCAUACACAUCUAAGUAUAACCUGGUCACACACAUCCUGGGCCACAGCGGGAUCAAGCCUCACAGCUGCCAUCUGUGUGGGAAUCGGUUCAAGCAGCUGAGCCACCUGCACACUCACCUGCUCACCCACCAGGGCACACGACCACACAAGUGCCAGGUGUGCCACAAGGCCUUCACCCAGACCAGCCACCUGAAGAGACAUAUGAUGCAGCAUAGUGACGUGAAGCCGUACAGUUGUGGGGUGUGUGGGAGGGGUUUUGCCUACCCUAGUGAGCUGCGGGCCCAUGAGCUGAAGCAUGAGAAAGGCCAGGAGAACGUGUGUGUGGAGUGUGGUUUGGACUUCCCCACUCUGGCCCAGCUCAAGAGACACCUGACGGCCCACAGAGGUCUCACCCUUUACAGGUGUAGUGAGUGCCAGAAGAGCUUCCAGUACCCCAGCCAGCUGCAGAACCACAUGAUGAAGCACAAAGACAUCCGGCCAUACAUCUGCAGCGAGUGUGGCAUGGAGUUCAUACAGUCCCAUCACCUCAAACAGCACACACUCACACAUAAGUACUACAUGGUGAAGCCAGGACAAAGAGCAGCUCUCCUCAAAAACCUUGAGCCCAGCAAACAGACAAAUGAGACUUUAGAAAGAGAUGGGGUGAAGGAGCACAAGUGUCGUAUCUGUGGUCGGGAGUUCACCCUCUUGGCAAACAUGAAGCGCCACGUCUUGAUCCAUACUAACAUCAGGUCUUACCAGUGUCACCUCUGCUUCAAGAGCUUUGUCCAGAAACAGACCCUCAAGGCCCACAUGAUUGUCCACUCUGACAUUAAACCCUACAAAUGCAAGCUGUGUGGGAAGGAGUUCAACAGAAUGCAUAACCUGAUGGGCCAUAUGCACCUGCACUCUGACAGCAGGCCCUUCAAGUGCCGCUACUGCCCCAGCAAGUUCACUCUGAAGGGGAACCUCACCCGCCAUAUGAAGGUCAAACACGGGAUCAUGGACAUGGGCCUGAAUGCAAGAGUGUUCAGGCGGCGGGGGCGGUUCUGCUUGUCAGCCCCUCUGGGUCUUCGGGCCCGCUCCAGACAGGAAGAGCCUUUUGACCUCUCCCAGAAGCCCCGGCCACCGCGGCCCAGCCUGAGCCUCUCCCAAUCGGACGGGGAGAGCGUGGAGGAUGAGGAAGACAGCCUGUACAGGAGGAGCCAGUACAGUCCUGAGGUCUACCAACACCACACUGGGGGACAGGGGUACAGGUCUGAGACCGAUAGACAGGUGUAUGGACAGGACAUGGAGACAGGUGGACAGAGGUACAGGUCUGAGACAGAUAGACAGGUGUAUGGACAGGACAUGGAGACAGGUGGACAGAGGUACAGGUCUGAGACAGAUAGACAGGUGUAUGGACAGGACAUGGAAACACGUGGACAGUUGUACCCGCCUAGGGCAGAUGAAGAGGUUUAUCAGCCUGUGUCAGAGCCAGGUGAUGCAGAGGAAAAGGUGUACCAGCGUGUGACAGGUAGACAGGUGUAUGACUCCGACUCCGAGCUGGGGGGCCAGCUGUAUGAACAAGAGGCAGGUGGACACCACAUAGGUGCCAAUGUGCGUUACCCUGGGUCAGGUAAUAGAGGGAAACAUGUGUACCACUCAGAUUCAGAGUUAGAUGACCAGUUGUAUAAGCCUGACCCUGACCAGCUAGAGAUAGGUGACCAGGUCUACCAUUCUGACGCAGGUGAAGAGAUGAUGGACAUACCUGAACCAUGUGAAAGAGACUACCACUCAGACCCAGGUGUUUAUUAUCAGAAACCAUAGGGCCUGAUGAGGAGAAAGAAUAGGAUUUGGUGAGAGCUGGAAGCAGGGUAAAGGAAGAACAGAGGAAGAAGCAUAGACAUUCUUAGCAGGAGGAAAAGGAGUAGGGAAUAGGCUACUGUGCUGAAGAGAAGAGGGUCAAGAACCAUUCCAAAAGGGGUGGGGAGAUAUUUAAGUAGUACCUUGAACAAGCUGUGAAGCGUGUUGUAUUUCAGACUGAUAGGACUGACAAUACUUGUGCAUGUGAAAAUAUGUGUCUUUAAGAAAAUGUUACAUUUGCAUGAAAUUGUGAUGUAAAUAAAAUGAAAAUGGUUAAGAAAAUAUGAAAAUAUUUUGUCCUAAAUUGUUACUUUUUAACUAGUACUUUUAUAAAGCCAAUCUGUAAUUAAUGAGCAUGGGAUUUCAAUGUGAUAACAAUCAUUUAUCUUUUGUAAUGGUAGUUUUAAAUGAUUUUCUACUGAACAUUUGAAUUAGUCUGUAAAUUGUGUUAUUUUGUUGUGUGAUGUAAUGAGUCAACAAAAGUUAUUUCAUCUAAUGAGGGAAGCCAUGAUUUUGUGAUUUCUUAUAAACGCUUGAGUGACUGACUUUGAAAUAAAUGAGUGUCUGUAA